AUCUAUUGUUGCUGUCGACUUUUCUGGAAUCCGAUAAGCAGAUAAGACACUCGACCUAUAUCAAAGCAGACACGCAUCCAGCCUAGCGCACUGCUUUGCCAUGCAGCUAAAUAGCUCGCAAUCGCACCUCUCCAAUUGCGCUGAGUGAGAUCAGUAUUCUCCUCUCGCCCAAUAUACUCCCACUCCUUUUCUCCCUGAGGGUGCUCCGGAGUGUGUGCGCGUGUUUUUUAAUCGGUUGGAGCUGUCUACCCUUUCUUUCAAGAUGACAACCGAUCUACUCGGCGCAGAUGAGGUAUUGGAAACGAGUUUACUCUUACCAGGCCCUCGCGAUCAGCCAUGUCAGAACAAAAGCACGCCCAGAAGAUCUAAAUGGAUUCUUCUGUUUGUGUGUCUCAUCAUCGUCACUUUGGACUUUGGCGAUUAUCUCGCUGUCGCGCCGCAGCUGCAGAUAUACGAGAACAUUAUCUGCCAGCGCAUGCAUCCCGAAUUAUUCGCCAGUGCCUUCGAUAGACUAACAGCAACCGCCCAUCCGCUCUGCAAGUCCACUGACGUGCAAGGCAAGCUCGCUCUGCUGGUAGGUUGGCAGGAUACGUUCACUCAGCUUCCCGGGAUGAUCCUAGCUAUUCCAUUUGGCCUCAUCGCGGAUCAAGUCGGACGCAAACCUGUCAUCAUCAUCAGCAUUGCGGGCUUCCUCAUGCAGGAAUGUGCUAUCCGCCUCAUCUGCUGGUAUCAUACAAGCAUUCCACUCGAAGCAGUGUGGUUUACGCCACUUUUCCAGGUUUUGGGGGGUGGUAGCCAAAUCGCUAGCUCCGUUGCCUGGACUGUCAUUGCAGACAUCUUCCCAGUCGACAAAAGGGCAAAUGCGUAUCUUCUCAUGGCUGCAGCGAUGUUGCUUUCUCAGAUUCUCGCAGCCCCUCUAAGUGCUUGGCUGAUGUCCAAGGAUGUGUGGACGCCAUCGUUGUUAGGGUUAGCGAUUGAGGUUUGCGGGAUCAUCCCCAUUUUCGCCUUACCAGAAACUGGACCGAACGCAUCCGUCAGACCGGAAGGAGAUAUUGAGAGCGAAACACAAGGACCAGUCAACGAGUAUCCUACCAUGAGAUGGAUGGGUAUUGUACACUUGGUCCAAUCUCAACUAAUCGAAGUGGUUGGGUUUGUUUGGGGCAACGCCAACACUUUAGCGAUCUUUUUCGCUUUCUUGACAUCUAGCAUUGGAAGCCAGGCGCUUCAGUUUGUGCUGCAGUAUGCUUCCAAGCGUUUCAUGUGGAGUGUAGCCGAGGCGACGUUCCUCAUCAGCCUCAAAGGCGCAGUCAACCUGGUCGCCUUCCUUCUCAUAUUGCCUCUGAUCUCCAAAAUUCUUGGGGGUUAUCUCUCUCCGAUAAGAAGAGAUCUCCGAAUCACACACGCCAGCAUCUGUGUACUCGUGGCAGGAUUCGGUACAAUGUCGGUAGCUGGUCAUCCAGUCCUUUUCGGUAUAGGUUUAUCUUUUUCGGCCCUCGGGUGGGGUUUCUACAUGACACUUCGUAGUGUUGGAAGCGCCUUAGUGGCCGAGACCCAUGUCGGGCUUUUCAACACAACAAUUGCACUGGCUGAGUCCGCGGGGUCUAUGAUAGCUGGACCGCUUUUGGCAGCUCUUCUCAAAGUAGGAAUGGCGUGGGAGGGAGUCUGGAUGGGUUUGCCAUGGAUGGUUGCGACGGGUCUGUACCUGCUGGCUGGGUUAGCAGUCUUUUGCAUUCGUAGUCCAGCCCACUAGAGUAUUGAAUAUGGUUCAGUCAAGAGGUACGCAUGAUGCAGGACGUCCAGUUCUCCAUUGACUGCGUUGCUGUCCAUUGACAAGAGUGGCCUUUCCAAGUGAAUCAGAGACUGCAUCGCUCCUCAACGGGCUGUAUUCAAGACAACGAUGACUUGUCCUAAAUCAAGCGCUUUCUCUUUCGGUGGCAGUCUCUCUCUUGGUAGAUAGUGAGGGCUGUAUGCAUGCGCUUGUGUGUUCAUCUUAUGAUGCCUGCUGGGCUGGAGUCGAAGAU